GCCGAGUUAGUUUGUCACUGCCCACUUCCUUGUGUUAUCCACUCGACUGAGAUCGCUCCGGCGACCUUGCUCCCGAGAAACCAAGCCGCCGUCGCCUCCUUCGACCAUGCGAGAGGGUCUCCGGCCGCGGCGCCAGCCACCUCUACCCUCGAUGGGUAAGCCGCGCGGACCUGCUACUUCAAAGAAGAGGAAGGUGUCGCUGCCGCCACCGGCCGCGACAGCGGGAGCGCCAGAUCUGCCGAAUCCUAGGUCGACGGAGAGACCGCCGGCCGCCGGAGCGGGCGAAGACCGCAUCAGCCACCUCGACGACGACAACCUCCGCCACAUCGUUUCCCUCCUCCCCAUCAAGGACGGCGCCCGCACCCAGGCCCUCGCGUCCCGCUGGCGCAACCUCUGGCGCACCGCCCCUCUCAACCUCGACUACCGCGAGUUCCCUACCGUCUCCCCCCGCAUCCGCAUCAUCUCCGACAUCCUCUCCUUACACCCGGGACCCGGCCGCUGCUUCCGCGUCGAUCCCUUCUACCUCCACGUCCCGGAAGCCACCGUCGACGCCUGGCUCCGGUCCGCCGCUCUGGACAAUCUGCAGGAGCUCUACAUCGGGUCUCUUACAGAAAUCGAGCCGCUGCCGGCGUCCGCCUUCCGCUUCUCGGCCACCCUCCUUGUUGCCACCUUCAGACAUUGCACACUCCCUGACGACAUCGUCCAAGGGCUUCACUUCCCCCUGCUUAAGCAGCUCGGACUUGAGACCGUCACCAUCAGCGAGCUCGCGCUGCACAACUUGAUUGCCGCAAACGCACCUGCUCUCGAAUGCUUGCUCAUCAACAAAUGCGUCGGCCUCCGUCGCGUCCGGAUCAUCUCCCUUAGCCUUACAAGCAUCGGUGUCCGUCCUGAACAGUAUAACCCCUUGUUUGAGGAACUCGUCAUCGAGAAUGCCCCAUGUCUUCAAAGGUUGCUCCACCUUGAGUUUGCCACUGGUAUCCGUGUAACCGUACUCUCCGCGCCUAAACUCGAGACCUUGGGCUGCCUUUCUGAUAUCACCCUGCCUACACUAGGGGAAGUCAACAGCGGCAUUACUAGAGAGUUUUCUAACCCGGAUCAGGAUCGCCUCCCCAAGUUCGUGUUCGGCUCCACAGUUAUUCAGGGAUCACGUGUCGAUAAGCUGACAACAGCGGUGCGCACAGUCAAGAUCUUGGCUAUUCGUAUGGGAAUUCUUAGUCUCGAUAGAGUUAUCGAGUUGAUGAGUUGCUUUCCAUCCUUGGAGAAGCUCUACAUUCAGGCAGAGUCUGAAGGGGAAAACAAUGUGUGUCAUCCAAAACACAAGAAUUUCAUCAGACGGUUUGAUAUCCGUGUAAAGACGAUAGCAUUGGAAUGUUAUGAGGGCUAUAAGUCUGAAGUCGACUUUGCCAAAUUCUUUGUACUGAACGCAAAAGCCCUGGAGUGGAUGACAUUUCACAUUCACCCUGAUCUUAACAGGGAGGAGUUUUUUUCAGAACAGACGAGAAAGCUUCAGCUGGAGAAAAAGGCUUCCAAAGCUGCUCAGUUUCAAUUCAGAUUCACUAGAUGUGUCCGCAAUGUUGAGACUAUACAUGAUGUGCGUCAUUUGGAUUUAACUGAUCCAUUCACAUGUUGAUAGUGAAGCCCGCUUUGGUCCAUUUGGAGCUUUUCUUGCCAAAAAGACAUGUUCGAAAUAUUGAGGACUGAUCAUCAAUGGUAGCUACAUCAAAAGUCCAGACAGCAUAACUUCUGGAGGUGCUUUGUCAGAUUGAGCAUCAUAACUGAAAAUUUUAGCAUGGCCGUGUUUGUAUGUUGUAGCAUCACACCAGUAUUUUCCUGCAAGUUCAGCCUUACUAAACAUGUUGCUGAAUUGAUCAUCAAGAUAUUAGUAUUGCUCUACUGUGAUGAAUAGUCAUAACAUUAUGCA